AUCAAGUAUCAAUCUCUCUUUCACCAGACAAAGUCAUGAAGCCAACACAAGUCGCGGAGAAACCCCUUUCGGGAUCGAGAUCGAGAUCGAGAUCGAGAUCCGGAUCCUGGCUGGGCCAGAAUCCGAUCCGCUCGUUCGUGAGUGACCCUAAACGAGCUCGUUUGGAUGAUGGCUUCUUUAUUAAAAUCCCGCCUCACCUGCUAGCAGAUUUAGGUGAUGUUGACUCGACUGACAGUGAAGCAGAGGAAGAAGAAAAAGAAGGUCACGGUCGUCUUGACAGCUGUCUGAUUUGUGGUCGGAUUGUUAGACAUCACACUGCUUACUGCCCGUACUUGAGAUUAGUCCCACACAAUGCAACUCUUCCUCCUGGCGUUCAAAGACUUUGCAAGUGUUGCGGUUUGAGGGAUGGCCACCCUGGUAGAACAGACUGGAAAGGAUUUGUUGUUAUGAAGCAGUGUGACAAUUGUGGUUCCUAUUUAGAGCACUGGACUGAUGAAUGCCCAAACAAGGAUCGUAAUGACCAGUAAGCACCAGCGCCACAACAAGCCCAACUAGCUCUUUAGUAUUUACAGACUGAUUUGGUUUUGUUCUGAGUAUCGUAAUUCUGGGCUGUGAGAAUGUGAUGGCGUGUUACUACUAAUUUCUGGUAUACUGUAUUGCUGGAAACCAUUGAAUGAACUUGUUUCGGUUUUAUUUCAAACUAUAUAUCUCCGGUGAUUUGUUAGGCACGGCACUUCAUUCGGAAGUGCAAAUAAACAGAUCUAGUUGAUUACCACAUUGCUGUCGUAAAUCAUUGAAUCAUUCUUCUUUCAUUGUGUUGAAA